AUGACCUCUCUCUUCCCACAUCCGGUCUAUGCCGAGGAUCAACCGUAUGCGCGCAGUAUCUUGUACCUUCACGUUAUGCGCGCUUCAGCCAUGUCCCUUUCUUUUUUCUCGCUUGCGCGCUUCCCAGCCUCUAUCAUUGGAGCGCGCUACAACAAGGCGCCAAUCGACUACAACGUCAUACUCGCGCGUACGCUGAAGACAGCGGGCCGUGGACUUGUGUUGGGAACAGCAGCGGGUGCGGUGAUGACGUGGGGCCGCAUGAGAGGACUCGAAGAGAUUGAAUGGAAAGAUAGAUCGUGGAGGAUUUUGGAAAACAAUGGCGAAGUACAGACGGACUGGGUUACGCUGGGUUGUGCAAGCGGAGGUGCAGUUGCUGCUUUGAUUGCUGCACGGAGAGGAAUGAUAAAAAUGCCCGUUGGUGGAGCGGUGCUAGGUGGAUCAGGUGCUGGUAUGGCAGCUGGAGUGCCGUACAUGGUUGCAUCGUUUGUGGCAGGAAGAAAGUCUGCUUGA